AUGGAAAAAUUCCACUUGGCCGAAAUUGGCACUUUUUCUGCUCUCAGCGAAGUCUGGACGGAGAUAAGCCUUCUGUCAGACGGAUCUGGUGGUUAUGGUCCGGAUGGUGAUGGAUAUCCCGCGUUUACCCAGCUCAAGAUCUACCCCGUGGCCACAGGCGGAGGAGUUGUCGGCUCGUUUGAUGCGUCAAUUACAGCCACUGACGGAACGAUAGCAUUUUCGUGCUCCUCCGUCAUAGAGCCUUACGCUGUUUUCACAUUGACCAAAGUAGGCUUUAGCUUUCCUUUCACAAGGUCUGAAACCAAAUUGUUAUGCGUGAUUUUGGUAUGA